CCGCAGACGUGGCAGUUUUGGGUAGGGGCCGAGCUAGGCAGCCAGCUCUCCUUUCCCUGCUAUCUGCCAGUCCUGAGGGAGCCCUCGCUGGUCCCGGACCAUGCACCAGGCUGGCUACUACCCCUGGCCUUCUCCAGCUGUGAAUAGCUCAGGGGGGCAGGAGCCCCAGAAGCAACUGUCAGAGGCACUAGGUGGGGCCUGGGGACCCCCUCGAGGGGACGGGCUGCCCCAGCUAGCUGUCAUCGUCGCUGUCUUUGUCCUGCUGGCAGUCGGUAUUGUGGUGGCAGUCCACUUUGGGCCAAGCCUGCACCAGGGCCGUGCUGCUCUCCCCACAGAGCCACCAGCCCCAAAGCUGGAGGGCGGCAUCUACCUCACCCACUGGCGUGUUCUGGGCCCCCAGGAUAGUCAGGAAGAAGCCCAGCAGGGACCGACUAACCCUGGCCCCUGCCCUGUACCAGCUGGGCCCAGGUCCAGCAUCGAAGAAGUCACAAUUCUGUAGGAGGAAGACUUUGGAAAGUUGGCCUGACCUGGUUCAGAACUAGAAACUAGACAGAGAAUUUGGACAGAAGCAAACUGGAACCUGGGCAUCAAGGCUUCAGGGAGGCACCCAUGGACUUCACUGGACUUACCCUCUCAGCAGAAUAUUUAUAGAGAAAGCCCUUGUGUGGACAGAAGAAAUAAAAGAAACCUGACAGCCCUGCCGA